AUGUGUGAGCAUUUCGGCUGGUCGCAGAGUAGUGGCAUCACACGAAGCCAGUUCAACGAGCUAAUCGAGGAUGAUGACGAGACAGACGAUGAUGAGCUUCGACAGGCCCUGCUAAACUUGCAGAUGCAAGUCGGCAAGAGCAGCAGGCCGUCCGUCGUGGGAUCGUCAUGGCAGCGAAAAAGCCUGCUGCAUUUGCCCAACGUGGACAGCACGAAGAACAUGUCACGGUCGGAGAUGACAUCCAACCUUUUUUCGCUUCUCGACACGUCUGGAAGUUCGAGGCUUUCAUCAGCACAGCUCAGAAAAUUUGCAGAGGCGAGCGGCUUCGAAGGUGAUGCUGAUGAGUGGGCUAGCCAGUUCAACUCCAUGUGUGAACACUUCGGCUGCAACCCUGCUGAUGGUGUCUCCCAGCCCGAGUUUCUAGAGUUCAUUGGUGAUGAAGUUGAACACAGCGAUGAAGAACUCCGCCGUGUGCUAGUCAGUUUGCAAGCGCGGGCGUAG